AGCUUUAUUGAUUCAUCCAGUGUUGCCUCAAAUUGAUUUUUCAGAUUGCCUGCUAACAUUUCCAUUAAUGUUCUCUUAGGUAAUGCUGAUCUAAAUCAAUCCUCACUUUUCACAUGGAUAAACUGAGGCCUAGAGAGGGUCAGAGGAUUGCCCAAAGUCAUAGAGAGAUGGUGUGGCAGCCAUGGAAAAGACCCCAGCAAUCCGCCCCUGUCCCAGAAGGGGCUCUGUGAGCUUCCCGCUGCCCUGCACCCUCUCUCCUUCCAUCCCAGGUGCGCGUCCCUUCAGAACUCUUCAGCAUGGAGCCGGUCAACAGGACGGGGGUGUCUGAGUUCUUUCUGAAAGGGUUCUCUGGCUACCCAGCCCUGGAGCACCUGCUCUUCCCUCUGUGCUCGGCCAUGUACCUGGUGACCCUGCUGGGGAACACGGCCAUCGUGGCGGUGAGCGUGCUGGACGCCCGCCUGCACACGCCCAUGUACUUCUUCCUGGGCAACCUCUCCAUCCUGGACAUCUGCUACACCUCCACCUUCGUGCCCCUGAUGCUGGUCCACCUCCUGUCAUCCCGGAAGACCAUCUCCUUCACUGGCUGUGCCGUCCAGAUGUGCCUGAGCCUGGCCACGGGCUCCACGGAGUGCCUGCUGCUGGCCAUCAUGGCCUACGACCGCUACCUGGCCAUCUGCCAGCCACUCAGGUACCCCGUGCUCAUGAGCCGCUGGCUCUGUCUACUGCUGGCGGGCGCCGCCUGGGGCCUCUGCCUCCUCAAGUCGGUCACGGAGACAGUCAUCGCCAUGAGGCUGCCCUUCUGUGGCCACCGUGUGGUCAGUCACUUCACCUGCGAGAUCCUGGCAGUGCUGAAGCUGGCAUGUGGUGACACCUCGGUCAGCGAGGCCUUCCUGCUGGUGGGCGCCAUCCUGCUGCUGCCCGUGCCGUUGACAUUCAUCUGCCUGUCCUACACGCUCAUCCUGGCCACCAUCCUGAGGGUGCCCUCGGCCACUGGGCGCCGCAAAGCUUUCUCCACCUGCUCGGCGCACCUGGCCGUGGUGCUGCUUUUCUACGGCACCGUCAUCUUCAUGUACAUGAAGCCCAAGAGCAAGGAGGCCCACAUCUCUGACGAGGUCUUCACCGUGCUCUACGCCGUGGUCACACCCAUGCUGAACCCCGUCAUCUACAGCCUGCGGAACAAGGAGGUGAAAGAGGCCGCCAGGAAGGUGUGGGGCAGGGGGCGGGCCUCCAGGUGAGGGAGGGCGGCAGUGUGCACGGGUGGCCUCGGGUUAGGUGAGGCCCACACAUGCCAAGGCCCGUGAGGACGGGGCAGGCCGAGUGCUCCAGGUGUAGCGUCCUCCUCCCAGAAAAAGGCAGCACACCAGGUCCCCAGUCCUGCCACAGAACAGCUCCCAAAUCGCCCUCUGCUCCUGCCCCGCAUCGCCCUGGGCCAGCACCACCCCCUGGGCCUUCAGCCCUGCCUCCUGCUGUCUCAGGACUCCAGUCUUUGCCCUCCCUCCAACCUGUGCCCCACGGGACUUCCAAAGGGAGCUUUAAAAAGCACAUGUGAUCAUGUCACUCUUCUAUUGAAACCUGCAGCGGCCCCUCCCUGCUCUCUGGACAAAGUGGAAGUUCUUCAGAGCAGAACCUGAGGCCCACAUGGCUGGCCCUGCCUGACUCGCUCCCCAACCCCUCCUCACAGCCGCACAGCUGCCAAGCGUAGCCUCAGCAUUCCCCGCGCAGCCCGACAGUCCCCACGCUGCCGCUCUGUGUGAUUCUUGGUUCUCCAGACAGCAGCGGCCCAGCACACAACUCCAUGUGUAACAGGACUGCCUGACUCUGCAGGCCCAGUGCAAACAUCACCUCCACCAGGGCCACCCAUGUCGCUCCUCUCCCCAUACCCUUCCUGUGUUCUUUGUUGUCAAUGUUACUCCAAGAGCAAGGUUCCACUCUGUCCAAAGUCCAGCCCUGCCCAAUCCCAGGCCCUGCACAGGUUUCCUAAAACACCUAGAGAGGGUCAGAGGAUUGCCCAAAGUCACAGAGAGAGGGUGUGGCGGCCAUGGAUGAGCACAUCGAUGUAGGGGUGACAAUGGCAAGGCCUGGAGUCCUUCCCAAAUCUGAGCUGAGCUGGGAUGGAGCCUACAGAUGGCAGGAAAGGCCACUGGAAGGUGACAGCAAUGAGGCCAAGAAUCCAAGGUUCACAGACUUGCCUGGCCGUGGGACACCAGUCCCCCAGAGCAGCCCAGGACCUGGAGCCCCC